AUGGACGCACAUGGAAAGACUGAAGAAGAAAUUAGAAAUGGAAAGGAAAAGAGAAAGAAGAAGAACCCCGUGAUUGCAGUAGCGGCAAAAGUGGAGAAGAAUCUUGUUCACCUUGUCCUCCGUCGGGUACAGAACGUUGUUGCUGCGAAAUGGAGAAGAAAGACGAAAGCAUUAAUAAAAGAAUAUGUAUUACAAAAAAUUCACAAUCAUGGAAAACAAAGAAACAGAAAUGAAAGGAAACAGAGGAUAAUGGCAACGACCAUCGGCGGCAAAAUUUCAAGGUACUCAUCUCUCAAUCCAAAUGCUAGGAAUAGAGUGAAGCCUAAUCCCUCUUCUCUCUACUCGAUACUCUGUGUCUCUCUCUAUCUUCGCUGA